AUGAGUCUUUCAUAUGCUCCUUAUCAUGAGUGCAUUCGAAAAACGCUUCAAGCGGCUUUGUGUCUUGAAAAUUUUCAGUCUCAAAUCGCUGAACGACACAACCACCCAGAAAUUGAAGUGGGAUUAUCUAAAGAAGUGUUGUUAAACCCUGUCAUCAUUAGUAGAAAUACUGAUCAAAAGUGUUUAAUCGAAGGUUCUAUCAACUCGGUGCGAAUUAGCUUGUUGUUUAAGAAGCAUGAUCGAGUGGAGGAGAUUAUCUUUCCUCGUUACAUGCAAUUUUUAAUGAAUCGAGCUGAGGAGGAUUUGAUAUUGUUGAGAAAGAAGCCAAUUCAGGGGUAUGAUAUUAGCUUUCUCAUCACCAAUUACCAUACUCGAAAUAUGUUUUCUCACAAAAUCAUUGACUUUAUCCUUUCUUUUAUGGAAGAUGUCGACAAGGAUAUCAAAGAACACAAGUUGUUUCUCAAUGUGAGAGGUCAAGCUGCUGCUAAAAAGUAUCUUAGACAAUUUAUCUAA